AGGGCGCCGCCAUGACGGCGGAAGUAAUGGCGGAAGUGGCACCGUUGCCAGGCAGCCGUUGCCUGGCGUCGCGGGGCGUACUCUGCGCUGGGCGCGCGGAGGCCUAGGCGGGAAGCUCGAGCGGCGGCGCCAUGGCCCGAGCGUGGCAGCACCCGUUCCUCAACGUCUUCAGACACUUCCGGGUGGACGAGUGGAAGCGCUCCGCCAAGCAGGGGGACGUGGCCGUGGUCACGGACAAGACCCUGAAAGGCGCCGUGUAUCGCAUUCGGGGCUCAGUCUCUGCCGCCAACUACAUCCAGCUCCCUAAGAGCAGCACCCAGUCCUUGGGGCUGACGGGACGAUACCUGUAUGUGCUCUUUCGGCCCCUGCCCAGCAAGCACUUCGUCAUCCACCUGGAUGUGUCCUCCAAGGACAACCAAGUCAUCCGUGUGUCUUUCUCCAACCUCUUCAAGGAGUUUAAGUCUACGGCCACGUGGCUCCAGUUUCCCUUGGUCCUGGAGGCCAGGACACCUCAGAGAGAUCUGGUGGGUUUGGCCCCCUCCGGAGCCCGCUGGACCUGCCUGCAGCUCGAUCUGCAGGACGUUCUCCUGGUCUACCUGAACCGGUGCUAUGGCCAUCUCAAGAGCAUCAGGCUGUGCGCCAGCCUGCUGGUCAGGAACCUGUACACCAGUGACCUGUGCUUUGAGCCUGCCAUCUCUGGGGCCCAGUGGGCAAAGCUGCCCGUGACUCCUAUGCCUCGGGAAAUGGCAUUCCCUGUGCCCAAGGGAGAGAGCUGGCAUGACCGCUACAUCCACGUCCGGUUUCCAAGUGAGAGCUUGAAAGUGCCUUCCAAGCCGAUUGAGAAGAGCUGUUCCCCUCCUGAGGCAGUCCUCCUGGGGCCGGGGCCACAGCCUCUCCCUUGCCUGGUGGCCUCCAGCAAACCUGUGCGGUUCAGUGUGUCUCCAGUGGUCCAGACGCCCAGCCCCACAGCCCAGUGCGGCCGGGCCCCCGUGGCACCCAGGCCCUUCCCGGAGGUCAGCCUGUCCCAAGAGCGCUCAGACGCCUCCAACGCGGAUGGCCCCGGUUUCCAUAGCCUUGAGCCCUGGGCCCAGGUGGAGGCCUCUGACGUCCACACGGCUGCUGCCGGCACCCAUGUGUUGACUCACGAGUCGGCUGAGGUGCCCGUGGCCCGCACCGGCUCCUGCGAAGGCUUCCUCCCAGACCCAGUCCUGAGGCUCAAGGGCGUCAUCGGCUUUGGGGGCCACGGCACCAGACAGGCCCUGUGGACCCCAGACGGGGCGGCUGUCGUGUACCCCUGCCAUGCGGUGAUCGUCGUCCUGCUCGUGGACACGGGGGAGCAGCGCUUCUUCCUUGGCCACACAGACAAGGUCUCCGCCCUGGCGCUGGAUGGCAGCAGCUCACUAUUGGCCUCGGCCCAGGCAAGGGCCCCUAGUGUGAUGCGGCUCUGGGACUUCCAGACCGGGCGGUGCCUGUGCCUGUUCCGGAGCCCAAUGCACGUUGUCUGCUCUCUCAGCUUCUCUGACAGCGGGGCCCUUCUCUGCGGGGUUGGCAAGGACCACCACGGGAGGACGAUGGUGGUGGCCUGGGGCACCGGCCAGGUGGGCCUCGGUGGCGAGGUGGUCGUUCUGGCAAAGGCGCACACUGACUUUGACGUCCAGGCCUUCCGGGUCACCUUUUUUGAUGAAACCAGGAUGGCGUCGUGCGGGCAGGGCAGCGUGCGGCUCUGGCGGCUGCGUGGCGGGGCGCUGCGUUCCUGCCCCGUGGACUUAGGGGAGCACCACGCGCUGCAGUUCACCGACCUCGCCUUCAAGCAGGCCCGGGACGGCUGCCCGGAGCCCUCAGCUGCCAUGCUCUUGGUGUGCAGCCGCAGUGGCCACAUCUUGGAGAUUGACUGUCAGCGCAUGGUCGUGCGGCAUGCCCGCCGCCUGCUCCCCACACGGACUCCAGGCGGUCCCCACCCGCAGAAGCAGACCUUCAGCUCAGGCCCCGGCAUUGCCAUCAGCAGCCUCAGCGUCUCCCCGGCCAUGUGUGCUGUGGGCUCUGAGGACGGCUUCCUGCGGCUCUGGCCCCUGGACUUCUCCUCGGUGCUCCUGGAGGCAGAGCACGAGGGCCCCGUCAGCUCAGUCUGUGUCAGCCCCGAUGGCCUCCGUGUGCUGUCUGCCACCUCCUCGGGCCACCUGGGCUUCCUGGACACGCUGUCCCGGGUGUACCACAUGCUGGCUCGCUCCCACACCGCCCCGGUGCUGGCCCUCGCCAUGGAGCAGAGGCGGGGACAGCUGGCCACCGUGUCCCAGGACCGCACCGUCCGCAUCUGGGACCUGGCCACCCUGCAGCAGCUAUACGACUUCACAUCAUCAGAGGAAGCCCCGUGCGCUGUCACCUUCCACCCCACAAGGCCAACCUUUUUCUGUGGCUUUAGCAGUGGGGCUGUGCGCUCCUUCAGCCUGGAGGCCGCUGAGGUCCUGGUGGAACACACGUGCCACCGAGGAGCUGUCACCAGCCUGACCGCCACCCCUGACGGCCGCCUGCUCUUCAGCUCCUGCUCCCAGGGCUCCCUGGCCCAGUACAGCUGUGCGGACCCCCAGUGGCAUGUCCUCCGAGUGGCAGCGGACAUGGUAUGCCCGGAUGCCCCCGCGAGCCCCAGCGCUCUGGCAGUCAGCAGGGAUGGCCGCCUGCUGGCCUUCGUGGGACCCUCCAGGUGCACAGUGACAGUCAUGGGCUCGGCCUCCCUUGAUGAGCUGCUGCGAGUUGACAUCGGCACUCUGGACCUGGCCAGCAGCCGCCUGGACUCAGCCAUGGCUGUGUGCUUUGGCCCUGCAGCUCUGGGCCACCUGCUGGUGUCCACCUCAUCCAACAGAGUCGUGGUGCUGGAUGCUGUGUCGGGCCGCAUCAUCUGGGAGAGCACUGUGUUCCAGCUGCCUGGUGUCCACCCUGAGCCCUGCCCCUCCUUGACGCUCAGUGAGGACGCCCGCUUCCUGCUGAUUGCCGCCGGCCGGACCAUCAAGGUGUGGGACUACGCGACACAGGCCAGCCCAGGCCCCCAGGUGUACAUCGGCCACUCGGAACCCGUGCAGGCUGUGGCCUUCUCUCCUGACCAGCAGCAGGUCCUCAGCGCAGGGGACGCCGUCUUCCUCUGGGAUGUCCUGGCCGCUACUGAGAGCGACCAAAGCUUCCCCGGGGCCCCCCCAGCCUGCAAGACAGGCCUGGGCGCAGGACCGCUGGAGGACGCAGCAUCCAGGGCCAGCGAGCUCCCCCGGCAGCAGGUCCCCAAGCCAUCUCAGGCAUCUCCACCACGGCUGGGCGUCUGUGCCAGGCCUCCCGAAGGUGGCGAUGGCGCCAGGGACACCAGGAAUUCGGGGGCCCCACGCACCACCUACCUGGCUUCCUGCAAGGCCUUCACGCCUGCCAGGGUCAGCUGCAGCCCCCACUCUGCCAAGGGCACUUGCCUGCCUCCCGCCAGCGGUGGGUGGCUGCGUCUGAAGGCUGUCGUCGGCUACAGCGGGAAUGGGCGGGCCAACAUGGUCUGGAGGCCGGACACAGGCUUCUUUGCCUACACGUGCGGCCGCCUGGUGGUGGUGGAGGACCUGCACUCCGGCGCGCAGCAGCACUGGUCCGGCCACUCUGCGGAGAUCUCCACGCUGGCCCUCAGCCACAGUGCCCAGGUCCUGGCCUCUGCCUCGGGCCGCAGCAGCACGACCGCCCAUUGUCAGAUCCGCGUCUGGGACGUGUCUGGCGGCCUCUGCCAGCAUCUCAUUUUCCCCCAUAGCACCACCGUGCUGGCCCUGGCCUUCUCACCAGAUGACAGGCUUCUUGUCACACUGGGGGACCACGAUGGCCGCACCCUCGCCCUGUGGGGCACGGCCACCUAUGACCUCGUGUCCUCCACCCGCCUCCCGGAGCCGGUGCAUGGCGUGGCCUUCAACCCCUGGGACGCCGGCGAGCUCACCUGUGUGGGCCAGGGCACUGUCACCUUCUGGCUCCUUCAGCUGCGCGGGGCAGACAUCAGCCUUCAGGUGCGUCGAGAGCCGGUCCCAGAGGCAGUGGGGGCUGGAGAGCUGACCUCGCUCUGCUACGGGGCACCCCCCCUGCUCUAUUGUGGCACCAGCUCUGGCCAGGUCUGUGUCUGGGACACGCGUGCUGGCCGCUGCUUCCUGUCCUGGGAGGCGGACGACGGUGGCAUUGGGCUGUUGCUGUUCUCGGGUUCUCGAUUGGUCAGCGGCAGCAGCACGGGGCGGCUGUGCCUGUGGGCUGUGGGGGCUGUGUCGGAGCUGAGGUGCAAGGGCUCAGGCGCCAGGUCCAGUUCUGUGUUCAUGGAACACGAGCUGGUGCUGGACGGGGCUGUGGUGAGCGCCAGCUUCGAUGACAGCGUGGACAUGGGCGUCGUGGGCACCACGGCGGGCACGCUGUGGUUUGUCAGCUGGGCCGAGGGCACCAGCACGCGUCUCAUCAGUGGCCACAGGAGCAAGGUGAGGGACUUCCAGCCUGGGCGGAGGCGGGGCAGCCGAACCUGGUGCCCUCCCUGCCUGCCGGCUCCAUCUCCACCAGCCCAGAUGAUUCCAAGUCCUGCCGUCACUGGCUCGCAGCGGCCGCCUUGGGGUUCCCAGCGGGGAAGUCUUGGGUGUGCACGUCCCUCAAAGCCGUCCCGGUUGUGUCUGCACCAGCGAGCCGCCUGGCAGGCCUUGCAGGUGAACGAGGUGGUCUUCAGCCCCGGGGAGUCCCACUGCGCCACAUGCAGUGAGGAUGGGAGUGUGCGGGUGUGGGCCUUGGCCAGCAUGGAGCUUGUGAUCCAGUUCCAGGUGCUGAACCAGAGCUGCCUCUGCCUGGCAUGGAGCCCCCCGUGCUGUGGCCGCCCUGAGCAGCAGCGGCUAGCGGCUGGCUACGGUGACGGCUCCCUGCGCAUCUUCAGCAUCUCCCGCACGGCCAUGGAGCUCAAGAUGCACCCCCACCCGGUGGCGCUGACCAGUGUUGCCUUCUCCACUGACGGUCAGACUGUCCUCUCUGGAGACAAGGAUGGGCUCGUGGCUGUGAGCCACCCCCGCACAGGGACAACCUUCCGUGUGCUGAGUGACCACCAGGGCGCCCCAAUCUCUACCAUCUGUGUCACGUGCAAAGAGUGUGAAGACUUAGGGGUGGAGGGCACAGACCUAUGGCUGGCUGCCAGUGGGGACCAGCGGGUCAGCGUCUGGGCCUCCGACUGGCUGCGGAACCGCUGUGAGCUUGUGGACUGGUUGAGUUUCCCAAUGCCUGCCACCACGGAGCAUGCUGCGCCUUUGCAGACUCAGGGCCACCUGCCACCCUCCCUCGCUGCCUUCUGCCCUUGGGAUGGGGCGCUCCUGAUGUACGUGGGCCCCGGUGUUUACAAGGAGGUGAUCAUCUACAACCUCUGCCAGAAGCAGGUGGUGGAGAAGAUACCACUGCCCUUUUUUGCCAUGUCCCUGAGCCUGUCCCCCGGGACCCACCUCCUGGCUGUUGGCUUUGCUGAGUGCAUGCUGAGGCUGGUAGACUGUGCCAUGGGGACUGCCCAAGACUUUGCCGGCCACGACAAUGCAGUGCACCUGUGCAGGUUUACACCGUCCGCCAGGCUGCUCUUCACGGCCGCCCGCAACGAGAUCCUUGUGUGGGAGGUCCCCGGCCGCUGAGAUGCAGCAGGGACUGUGGUGGUGGGCAUCACGCCUGGUCAUGCCAGGCACCUGGACAGAGGCUUGGCAGAGGCGCCAGGUUGUCAAUGGCCUCAUGCUGGGACAGGCCAGGAUUCAUGUAAAUCGCCUGGAGCAAGCUGUUGUAAAUUUGGCGACCUGUAAAUACUUUCAUACCUGUUGCCCUUUUGCCUAAGAAAUCUUUAAUGUUUCUAUCUUGUAAUAAACAUGGGCAUUUAUUGCA